AUGUUCUCAACUAAACGGCAAGCCACCGCUGCAGGGCCAACACCAUGCCUAGUCACUAAAGCUUUGGUGAUUGUCUCUGUCAUUUUCCCCGUUCUAUCACUUGCAGCGACAGCUCUCCGCUUUAAAGCGAGAGGAAUGCAACGCGCGAAACUACUUGCGGAUGAUUGGUGGAUGGUCGCAUCAUGGAUUUUAGCCUUCUUUUUAAGUAUCGAUAUUUGGGUUUUCGGCUCACUCACUGGUCUCGACUACUACAAGAUCGACCCUCUCAGGGGGACCACAUUGUCACUUCAGUGCUUAUACGUAGCUUCCAUUCUUACCUUGCCGGCUUUGACCUCAGUCAAGAUUGCCAUUCUACUUUUCUAUAAGCGAGUUUUCAACACGCCAAGGUUCAAAAUUGCUGUUUGGACCUUGGUAUCUAUUCUUCCCUGUUGGUGCAUCAUUUUCCUCCUCUUGACGGCUUUGCAGGGCGACCCGCUCGACUCUCCGUGGAAACUUGACACUGGAAGGUUCCGCUACAACGUCGCAACUGUAGGAUAUGCCCAAGUCGGCUCCAGCAUCGCCUUAGACUUUCUUGUGUUGUGUCUCCCACUCCCCCUCAUAUCGAGACUUCAAAUGGCCUUCACGCGGAAGAUAUCCGUCUCGCUUAUCUUCUGGCUGGGAAUCUUUUGCUGCGUCGCAUCCAUUGUACGAGUGGUACUCCUCGUACAAUCUCUAUCUUCGGUUAUUCAAGCCAAGGAUGCUAUUGCAAUUCAAUCCAAGCAAUUCGUCUUCCUCCUCAUCGAACCACACUGCUCCAUAAUCGCCGGUUGCCUCCCAUGCUACGGGUCCCUUCUUGCUAAGUUCGGUGGGUGCGCGCCCGAGUCCCUCGUGCGCAGCGUACGGUCCAUGAUAUCGCUCCAGAGCUGGGGUUCUCGCGGCUCCCGUGGGUCUCGAGGCAGCAAGAGCAAGACACAGAAAAGUACCGAUGCCCCCCCAGCGAAGAGUAGCCAGACGAGCCAUGAUGAAAGUCAGGUGGAGCUUACUAGUAGAUCGCAAUGGCCCGAUUCACACCAUGACGUACACGUUGUGGGGGGUCCGGGGAUGGAUGAGGAGUCGGGACCCGUGGUGGAUGACGGAAUUGUGCCGGCGAACCCGACGAAGGAAUCAAUCAAGGUCACAAAUGGUGUUGAGGUUUCAUACGUCUGA